AUCCAGGUGUCUGCCAUGUACCUAAAGCAGGCGUUCCUCAUGUCCAAGGCAGGGCCAAUGAAGUGAAGAAUAGUUGUGAGACUUUUGGAGCUGAACCAAAGCUGAGAGUACAGCUUGCCUCUAAGACUGCCUCUAAACAGCCAAGUCAAGUAAAAAAUGUAUCACUCAAUGUUCCCAAAGGUACACUACUAUUUAUCAUUUAAAUUUUGAUUUAAAAUUAUUGUGAAAUCAACUAACAGCUUUUUAAUACUGACACUCACUGAGAUGUUAACUUUCUACUCAUCAAAGCUAAUUUUUACACUGCUCUAUAGAUUAUGAUACAUCAUAUUUUAUAGGAAUACAGUAUUGUAAUUUAUUGUAAUGCCAAUGUCAUACUUUUAUAUCUCCCAGGCCAAUUCGUCCUAUUGUCCCCGAUGUCCAACAGCCCGAAAAUCCAGGUCAGAUCACUCCCACCUACAGUUCAGCAGGCUUCCACCAAUGUAAGCUUCCCAUCUCUUAACAACAAGGUAAGAUUGUAGCUCAAGUGGCUGUGCCUUACAAAAAAAAUGCUUUUAUUUAGAGUUGUUAAAUCUAAAGAAGGAACUUAACAAUAAACAAAUUUGAAAAGCUAUACAAUACUGAAUAACUAUCUGAGAGUAAUAAAUUAUGUAGACUUGUUAUGAAUUCAUCAUUCUUAAACUUCCCCAGUUAAACACUGUCGCUAGUCGCUACAUCAACCUUAACAGCAGUGGGGAGGAGAGCCAGCAUCCAAGCCCACUGACAUUAGACCACAUGGGAAAGGUAGAAAUGCAUCACUUAAAAUCAAAGACUGGCUUUUUAAGGGUUUUAUUAUUAAGGGAAAUUUUUUUUUGUAAAAAUCUAUCUGAACAAGAUUAAAAACAGUUUUUAAUUUAUCUAGUUAUUGCUCUGUGCUCUCAAAGAAAAAUCUGGUCUGUUUUCAGCUCAAACCCAUUGAGUUAUCUGGUUAAGGGAACAUUCCAAUAAUGUGGAAUUAUAAUGCAAUGAUGUACUUACUAAGUAUUGUCAAAAUUUAUAAAUUGCUAAUAUUAUAUAGAUUUUCUGUCUAUCUCUCUGAACUGUUGCUUCCUUACAUCCCCACAAGACAACUACGUUCUUCCAUUGACAGUAGAACCCUCUCAAUCCCAAGAACUAAAACUAAGACCAUCGGUGAACGCUCCUUCUGCUUCCAUGGGCCCACGUUCUGGAACCAGCGCCCCUUCCAUAUACGUCAUAGUGAAACCUCGUCCAUUUUCAAAAAGUCCCUUAAAACUCAUCUGUUUAGGUCCGCCUAUGACCUGUGAUGCACCCUCCUUGCCCUACCUAAUUUUCUGUUUCGGUUUAUUCUAUAGAAUAGUAGUUACUAUCCUAGUGUCUCAUUUGUAUUUACUUAGUUUACAUGUUUUAAUAAUUGUAAAGCGCUUAGAGCUUUAUGAUAAGCGCUAUAUAAAAAUGCCUAAAUAAAUAAAUAAAUAAAUAUAGAUACAGUUAUGAAAUUUUAAUGUUGUUGUUAUAUAUUAAGAUUGUGAUAAUUUAUACAGGAAUCUUUAAACGACAGUGUAGAGGCCAGCAAGCUGUCUGAAUACAGCAUACCUCUUUUGUCCAGUUCACCCAUGCUAGAGCAUGAUGUUGGAGGAGGGCCUAUGAGAGAAAGUCAUAACAUGAAGGAGAGAAGAAGGCGGUAA